GACAGCGAAGCAAAACGUUUUACGGCAAGCAUGUCUGCUCCUUUGAAAGCUUGUUGUUAGCCGGAUAAAUAUUUACACAAUUUCACGCUCUGCUUAAAUAUCCAAGCUUGAGCAAAACAUUUUCACCUUUAGGUUUUUAUUCCGGAGAUAUGGAUGUUGGGGAGCUCCUUAACUAUCAGCCUGACAGAGGAGCAAAGCGUCCCAGGGACGGGGAUGGCGGAUCAGCAGGAGGAGAUGAAGACUCCAGGGGAGGGAAGCAGCAGAAGGGGCUGAGUGCCAGGGAGUUGGCCAGAUACCGGGAAGCAGCAGCUGCAGCCGGAGUAGGGAUUGAUGUUGGGGGUGAAAUGAGGGACACUGAGGAGCUGUCUGGGGACAAGAAAAAGAUCCUGGAGAAACUAAUGGACCAGGAUGAAGAGGAACCUGAGGCAGAGCCGGUGGACGAGAGUUCAGUGAAGAAAAUGAUCCUAACCUUUGAGAAACGGUCGUAUAAAAAUCAGGAGCUGAGGAUUAAGUUUCCAGACAGCCCAGAGAAGUUCAUGGAGUCUGAGCUGGAUCUGAACGACAUCAUCCAGGAGAUGCAUGUGAUCGCCACAAUGCCCGACCUGUACCACCUGCUGGUGGAGCUCAACGCUGUCCACUCCCUGCUGGGCCUCCUCAGUCAUGAGAACACUGAUGUUGCCAUAGCAGUGGUGGACCUGCUGCAGGAGCUGACAGAUAUCGACACACUCCAUGAAAGCGAGGAGGGGGCCGAGGUACUCAUAGACGCUCUGGUGAGUUCAGGAUUUACACCAGACUUUAAAGAUAUUGAUGAAGCUGCACUUUGGA